GUUUUACAUUCGACGAUUUUCAGUUCUUUCGAGCAAAAUUUUUCAAGUGAAAAAAAUUAAUUUUUUCAUGACUUAGAAUGGCUAGGAAACGUAACGAAGAAUAUAAAGGUGAUAACGAGGACGAGGAGUUCGAGGAAGAACCAGUUGAAGAGUUUGAAGACCCAGAUGAUUUUGUGGACGAUGUUAAUGAUGAAGAACUACUUGGGGAUCUGCUUAAGAAGAAACCAUGCGAAACAGACGGCAUGGAAAAUGUCAUUGUAGUUGAUGAAAUCCCAAAAGUUGAGCCAGCACGUCAAGAGAAAUUGGAAAAUGUCAUCAAAAAGUUGUUCACAACUUGCGGUGAAAUCGUCAAUGUGUACUAUCCAAAAGAUGAUAAUGGAUAUACUAAAGGAUAUUGCUAUAUUGAAUACAAGUCACCGGCACAAGCUGAAGAAGCUGUCAAAGUUUAUAGCAAUUAUCGUCUUGACAAGACUCAUACACUUCUUGUGAAUAUUUUUACGGAUUUCCAAAAGUAUGAGAGUAUUCCCGUUGAAUGGGUACCGCCAACAGCACAACCAUACACGCCAACUGUCGAUUUGUAUAGUUUCCUUACUGAACCUGAUGCUUAUGAUCAAUAUUGUGUUGUCGUUGAUAAUGGAAGUUCACCGUCACAAGUUCAAUUCUGGCAAAAUUCACUACCUGAUCCAACCGAACUGCAUAGGAAAGAUAAAUUCACUGAACAAACUGUCAAAUGGUCACCUCUCGGAACUUAUAUCGUAGCCUUCCAUAAACAAGGUGUGGCAAUUUGGGGUGGUCCACAAUUCCAGCGUAUCAAUAAAUUCCCACAUAUAGGAACAACGCAUGUGGAAUUCUCACCAAAAGAAAACUUUAUUGUAACUUAUGGACUUGCAACAGCUAGCGGUGGAAGUAAAGUAAUCAUUUGGGAUAUAAGAACUGGACUUGAGAAACGUAGUUUUGUUGCUGAUCCACUUGCUCCAACAUCAAUCUUCCGUUGGUCUCAUGAUGAUAAAUAUGUAGCAUCGAUGGGCGAUGGAGCUAUUCAUAUUUAUGAAACUGAUACAUUCUUUUUACUUGAGAAGAAAUCUGUUAAAAUUCCCGGCAUUCGAGGAUUUGCAUGGUCACCAACUGAUAAUAUUAUUGCAUAUUGGGUAGCUGAACAAACUGAUGUACCAGCAAAAGUAACAUUAAUGGAUAUUCCCAAGAAACGUGAAAUUCGUAUGAAGAAUCUUUUCAAUGUUGCUGACUGUAAACUUCAUUGGCAAAAGUGUGGCGAUUAUUUAGGCGUUAAAGUAGAUCGUUUUAGUAAGUCAAAGAAGGGUGGAUUAAAAGAUCAAGAUGUCAAAUUCCUUGGUAUGUUUUAUAAUUUUGAGAUUUUCCAUAUGCGUGAGAAGGACAUUCCCGUCGAUUCUGUUGAAAUCAAGGAACCAAUUGCUGCAUUCUCGUGGGAACCAGUUGGCGAUAAGUUUGCAAUAAUUCACGGUGAGGGUGCUGGCGGAAGUAAUGUGAGUUUCUUUGAAGCAAAGAAGGGACAAAAAGUGUCAUUAGUAAAGAAAAUGGAACGUAAAUCAGCAACACAUUUGUUUUGGUCACCGAGAGGAGGCUUCAUUGUCCUUGCUAAUUGCACACAAGGAGUCUUUGAAUUUGUCGACACAUCAGAUUUCACAAUCAUGAAUACUGGCGAUCAUCAUGGAGCUUUUCAAUGUGAAUGGGAUCCAACUGGUAGAUAUAUUGCAACUGGACUCGGAGCACAUAAAGUCAAGGAUGAUCACAGCUACUAUUUAUGGAGUUUUCAAGGUCGUCUUUUAAGACGAAAUAACUUAAAGAACUUCCUUCAAUUAUUCUGGCGUCCACGACCACAAACACUUUUGGCUGAUGCUCAACAAAAGGAAAUCAAAAAGAACCUUAAGAAAUAUUAUCCACAAUUUGAGACAAAAGAUCGUUUGAGACAGACACGUGCAAGCAAGGAAUUACUUGAGAAGAGAGCGAAAUUGCGUGAAGAAUUUUUGGAUUAUCGUCAAAAGAGAAUUCAAGAUUAUGAAAGUUUGAGAAUUAAACGAAUAGAAUUGAGAAAUAAUGUUGAUACAGAUACUUUGGAAGCUGAUAAGGAUAACUUAGAAGAAGAAAUUGUUGAAUGCUUGGUUAAAGAAGAAACAACAUUUGUCUGAAUACUACUAGAAUAAAAUUUGUUUUUAUUAUAAGUAGCUCCAACAUCAUCAACAUACAUCAACAACUAAAAUAAUAUCUAGAAGAUACUACGACAGAAGAUCGUUGAUUAUCAUCAAACUUUUUUUUUAUAUACUUUAUUAUAAUCUCUGAUUGAGUGUUUUUUCUUUCUUGAUAAUUAUUAUUUAAAAGUAAUAUCCAGCACGAGUAAGUGUGAAGGAAAAAAGAAGGCAAAAGAACAAUUUUUAUGAAAGAAGAAAAUUAAUUAAUUGAAAUUUAAAUCAAGUGACAAGGACAGUCGAAGAACAUCUUUUUUUUAAGUGAAUAUCUUCAAUUAUCUUUAUCAUUAUAAUUACAAGAGCAAGUACAGUCAUAUUAGGCUAAGAAAUUUUUACUAAUUCUUACAACACAAAAAGCUUAAAAUGACUGAUAAUCCUAAAUGUAGUAAAGUGGACAGUUGGUUAAUAAAAAUAAAGCGAAGGCGAAAAGAAAGUAACAAAAACACA